AUGUCUGAACUGAGACCUGAAGAUCUGCUGGACCUGCACACUUCAGCUGUGUUCCUGAACAGCACUCACUUCCUGGAGGAGGUGCAGAGCAUUCUGGGUAAUCUGAUGAUGUCACAGAUGAUGUCAGAGCUGCGACUGGUCACUGUGACAUCACCGGAGUUCGGCUGCACGCCAGGAUUCAGCCUCAGUGCCGAGAAAGACGCGUGUGUCCUCUGUCCUCCUGGCUACUUCUCCUCUAAGGGGGCGUGUCUCCACUGUCCCUCGGGAACAUAUCAGGAUGAAGAGGGGCGGGACUUCUGUGUGACAUGUCCUCGAGGGUCUUCUGAGAUUGGAGCAUCCUCUGUCCAUCAAUGUAAGACGGAGUGUCAGCAGCAGAGGAGGCGGUGCUCUGAGUCAGGUGACUUCCUGCCGGCGCAGCCUAACUUCCUGUCUAGGAUCUGGGGGUGUGUCACUAAAGAGGGGGCGUGGCUAGAGUGGACCAAUAGUGAAACGCCUCUGACGGACAAGGAAUGCACAGCUCUCAGUAACUUCCGGCUGCUCUCUGACGCUGAGGUCCAGUCUGGAUCUGAAGCUGUCCUCCUGAGAACUGUGACUCCUGAGAGGACCCUGUGUCUGAAGGAAUGUGUCCUGUCCGUCUCCUGCCACCAUGUGGCGCUGUGGAGCGACCGAUGUGAGCUGUACAACACGAGCGAAGAGAACACUGACUGUAGCACCGCGACCGUGACCAAAGGGUUUCUGGGUAAUCCUGAGGUGGAGCAUAUUGAUUGGCUGCGCUGCGCGGUGAAGGUGAGGGGCGGAGCUUUAGGACGACAGGUGUUCAGAAAGACAGGAGACCGGUAUUCGUCUGGGUCUCAGUCCGAGUACUCAACCUCUGAUCAUGUGACCCUGAAGAAGGCGGAGUCAGGCGUGUACCGUACAAUUGUAUUCUCGGCCAAUCAGAGCACUCGGUCUGACGUGCAGCGCUUCUGCCUGAGCACGUGCAGAAGAGAUGCCUGCUGUGAGGGGUAUGUGCUCAACGAGAACCGCAUCAACAACGGAUCCAUCAUGUGUGGUCUCCUGCACUCGCCAUCAGUCCUGCUCUGCUCAGACCAGGACUGGGACGUAAUUGGUCGAGGAGCUGCCAAUCGAGACUGUGGGGUGGGGUUUAGGUACAACAAGAAACACGUCAACUUCCUGUUUGACAUCGGAGGCCCCGCCCUCCUCUUCAGUCGCUCGGAUGUGGUUCUGGACCAAAUGGACGACGACAAAUAUCAGGCUUCACUGGUGUCGUUCAGCAGUGUUCAGCUUGAGUCAGAGCCAAAGUCGUCAGGAUCCUGCUCCAGUCCAGAGUCUGGUCCAGAGUCCGGACUUCCCGUAGACCCCUCGGUCCGGAGCCGGUUCCAGCCUCUCUCUGUGGAGCAGGUGAAAGUGACGCCUCAGAAACAGCCCAGUCUGACUUUCUGGUUCAACAAGAGGAACUACAGUUCCCAGGAUGCACUGCUCUCCUGCCUUCAACGUUGUCUGUCGGAGCCGCUCUGCUCAGUGGCGGACAUCUUGGAUCUUCACUCAGACUUCUUCUUCUGUGAACUGUUCCCGAACACCGCGGUGUGUGGAGACUAUGCAAACCCGGAGCGCCAGCAGUGUCUCCCCCUGCUGUCCAGACCCCCAAACAACACCUACAUAAAGACAGUGGACUUGUCUGGCCCAGUGAAAAGCUUCUAUCAAAGAGUUCCGUUCAGGAAGAUGGUCUCAUACUCGGUCCGGACCAGGAUCCAGGUCCCAGAGACCAGUUCUGUGUCGGAGAGUUUCCGUGAGUGUGAGCGCCGCUGUGAUGAAGACCACUGCUGCAGAGGGUUCGGUCUGAUCCGAGACCCAAAGACCGGGUCUGAAUUUGGUCUAGUCUGUUUGCCCCUCAUCAGCCUUGGAGUCCUCACCUGCCCCGAAAACCAGACCCAGUGGACUACACAAGACUGCAGCCCCUCCCCCCUCCUCGCCUCCCCCGUCCCUUUGGGUUGGUACCAGAAGCCCGUAGACCAGUGGAGCUCCAGUCCUGGUCUGUGUCCAGACUUCAGACUCCCUCAGACCAGGACUGUCCUGAACCGGACCAUGUGGAGUUCAGUCUCUGGCCCUGCCCAAUUGCUCGUAGACCCCGCCCUCAACACCUAUGACAUCAUCCACCUGAGCCGUGACAUCAUCGAGGACCGAGAGAAGGCGUUGGACUGGUGUCUGCACGCUUGUCAGGAGUCCUCGUCCUGUUUCGCGGUGGCCUUCUCGCUCUCGGCCAGUGGGGGGCGCUGUCUCCUGUAUCCAGACACCAGGGUCUGUAGCUCCGUCUCCUGUCAGCUGGUCCUCCAAGAGCCCGCCCACCAGGUGUAUGUGAGACCAGCUGACAGGGUCCAGCCCCAGACCCUGGACCUGCCUGGCUCUCGGUCUCUCCGGGGCCAAACCGUGGACGUGGUCUUGGACUCGGACCGGACCAGGUCUGUGGUGCAGUUCCUCGGCGUUCCCUUUGCGCGGCCACCAAUUGGAGUGCUGCGAUUCACCCCAGCCCAGCCUUCUGAUUGGACGGGAGCUUGGGAUGCCACAAAGCCCCGCCCCUCGUGUGUGGAGCCAGGGAGAGAGAGCGGGGCGAGCGAGGACUGUCUGUAUCUGAACGUCUUUACACCUCGCAACCAGAGGGGGGCGCUGCCGGUCCUGGUAUACUUUUACAACUCCCCCACAGGGUUCCUGGAUGGGUCCCUCCUCUCCGCACGGGGGGACCUGGUGGUGGUCUCUGCCCAGUAUCGGAGCUCUGCUCUGGGCUUUGCUCUCUCAGACGCCGGCCUGUCGGACCAGGAGGCGGUGCUUCAGUGGGUCUCUGCCCACAUCCACCUGGUGGGCGGGGCUAAAGACAGAGUGACAGCGGGGGCGGAACGUCAGGGCGCAGACAUGCUCAGUACACACCUGCGGUUACCGGGGCAACCACUAUUCAACAGGCUCCUACUCAUGGGGGGCUCUGUCUUCUCUCCCUUUCUCCUCCGCUCAGACUCUCGGAGCCUCUCCAUGGAUCUGGCUCGUGAGCUCGGGUGUGACAUCAUGGACGCCGAUCGUGUGAUACGCUGUCUCCAGGAAGCUGACCUGACUAGACUGAACCAGGCCCAGACCCGGAUCUUGGCCCAGACCGGACCCCUCACGGCCUGGGGUCCAGUCCUGAAACCGGAACGAGACUUCGACCGAAGACUGCACCGAGUGGACCUCCUGCUGGGGACAUCCGAGACCGACGGACUCAUCAGCCGAGCCAGGACCAUCAAGAAGUUUGAGGAGCUGUCAGGUCGGACAGACUCGAAGACUGUGUUCUAUGAAGCUCUGGUCCGGUCUCUGGGUCUGGAGUCGGAUCGUAACCAGACUACAGGUCCAAACAGGGCCAUUCUGAAGGAGGCGGCAUCCUGGCUCUAUACUCUGGAACACAAACCCUCCCCGUCCUCCUACAACCUGUUCUCAAGAGCUCUGGACAACGCUACAAGGGACCUGUUUGUUGUGUGUCCGUCUCUGAAGAUGGCUGAAGUUUUCGCUCAGACUGAAGCUAGCGUUUAUCUGUACCACGUCCCAGCCACAAACACCAGGGCCGACGUCCGCAUUCCCAUCGACGUCCAGUUCCUGUUUGGGGGACCGCUUCAUCCAAUCAGCUCGCAGCGUUUCACCGCCGUGGAACGCAAGAUAUCUGAGGCGAUGAUGUCAUACGUGACACAGUUCAUCAAGACCGGAGACCCAAACCCGUCUCGUCUACUUCCGGAGUCUGUGCUUCCACGUUGGGGGCGUGUCCUACAAACAGAGACCACGCCCACUUACCUGGAACUAAGCCCCACCCCCAGAUCUACCCGUGGCCUGAGACCAGUCCAGUGCUCCUUCUGGAACCAACUGGUCCCCAAACUGAGAGGUGAACCAGAGGCGAAGCCAGUUCUCAUAGCCCCGCCCCGCUCCUCUGUGGGCCAAUCACAGGCUGAGAAGGACAGCUACAGCUAA